GCCGCACCCAGCCGCGCCGGCGAGGACAUGGGCAGCCGCGGCGCGCCCGCCCCCCGCGCCGAUGUGAAUUAUUAAAAAGAAAAUGGCCCAACGGAGCACUGUAUUUCCUUCUCUUGUCACCGAGGAAAGGUAUAAUAUAUGGAAAAUAUGCAUCUAAGGCGAGUUCGAACGAUGCCCCGACACAGCCAGUCCCUGACCAUGGCACCCUACUCAUCCGUAAGCCUAGUGGAGCAACUAGAAGACAGGAUCCUCUGCCACGAGAAAACCACAGCCGCCCUUGUGGAGCACGCAUUCCGGAUCAAAGACGACAUCGUCAGCAGCUUGCAGAAAAUGCAGAACAAAGGGGGAGGCGACCGCUUGGCCAGGCUGUUCUUGGAGGAGCACAUCAGAAACAUCACUGCCAUAGUGAAGCAACUGAAUCGGGAUAUCGAGGUACUCCAGGAGCAGAUCCGUGCCCGGGACAACAUUAGCUACGGAACUAAUUCUGCCUUAAAGACCCUGGAGAUGAGGCAGCUCUCUGGCCUGGGGGAUCUCCGGGGAAGAGUGGCCAGAUGUGACGCCAGCAUAGCCAGACUCUCUGCCGAGCACAAAACAACCUAUGAGGGCCUCCAGCACUUGAACAAAGAACAGCAAGCUGCCAAGCUUAUCUUGGAAACAAAAAUCAAAGACGCAGAGGGACAGAUCUCUCAGCUUUUAAACAGAGUGGACUUGUCAAUAUCAGAGCAAAGCACCAAACUGAAGAUGUCCCACAGAGAUAGUAACCACCAGCUUCAGCUUUUGGAUACUAAAUUUAAAGGUACAAUCGAGGAACUCAGUAACCAGAUUUUGUCUGCACGGAAUUGGUUGCAACAGGAACAAGAACGGAUAGAAAAAGAACUUUUGCAGAAAAUCGAUCAGCUCUCCUUGGUUGUUAAGGAAAACAGUGGAGCCAGUGAAAGGGACAUGGAGAAAAAGCUCAGCCAGAUGUCAGCCAGACUGGACAAAAUAGAAGAGAGUCAGAAGAAGAAUAUGGAGGUACAGAGGACAAAACAAGAGGAGGAGAAGGUGCAUGGGCGGAUCAGCAAGCUUGAGUUACAGAUGACCGAAGACAUGAAGGAAAUGAAAGCCGAAGUUGAUGCGGGGUUUACCGCCAUCUAUGAAAGCAUAGGAUCCCUCAGGCAAGUUCUUGAAGCCAAGAUGAAGCUGGACAAGGACCAGCUACAGAAGCAAAUCCAACAGAUGCAGAAGCCAGAAGCUCCCAUGUGAAGGGACUCGGGACAUGGACCUCAAAGGUGGUUUUGCCAAUGGGGCCAGAAGCUGGAUACCUCUGUAGCCAGGCUGUCACUACAUUCAGGAUUGUUCUAUUCAUGGUGUGCAUGUGCCAAGAAAUGUUUUCAUGGGUCUAAAUGUUUACCUUGAAUCUUGAAAACACUCCUCUUUAAAAGGAUUACAUACAAUUUUUACCACUUUAUUCCACUUACCUAAAUUCAAGCGAUAUCCUCCCUUCCCUGGAUUUUAAAAGGCUUUUAUCCCUUUCAUUUUAUGAAUGAAAAGACUUAGCAGUUUCCCUUUGAUUCGUGAUGCUCUCUAGCCAAGACUUUACUCUUGAAAAUGUCAUGGUGAUUUUUUUAAAUUAAGAAACUAAUGAAUCAUCUUGGGAAUGUGUUGCUCCUCACUAAAUUUAGAGAAUGUUUUGAUGGAUUAGAAUUCAACCUUUGAGUCAAUAUUUGGAUUUUAUUAUUGUUGUCUGUGCAUUUCUUACAUUGGUUCUCUUCUUGUAAAUCUUCUGUCUUUUGUAGGGGGAGGGGAUUUAACAUUUGGGAAAAGAAUCUACCACUUAUGCAGUGAAAAUAAUUUAAAAAUUGAUAACUGCCAUAUAGAUUACAAAUUAAAAUGGAAACUUAAGACAGUUACUAGAUAAUGCAAGGCACAAUUAUCUGUAUCAGCCACCUAGUUAUACCAGGUUUUAAUACUGAAAGCUUUUUCAAUUAUCCACAGCCUAUAUAGUGAUAGCCAUAUAUUCAAUAAUGGAAUGGUGGUAAUAGUGUAUUACAUAAUUGAUUGUUCAUUAAUCAUAUGGGAUGUGAAAAAUUUUAAAGGUUUUUGAUCUCUUCUCUAAAAUUUUCCAAAAUUGGCACAGAGUGCUAAAGGUUUAUAUACAAUUAUUGUAACUGUAUUCUUGUGCCUUGGUUUUAUCACAUCAGUGCACUGUACCCUAUAGAAGUUUUGCAGACACAAUAGAAGGCACAACAGCACAUCAGAAUUAUGAUGUAAAAACGGGAUCCUAUGUAUUUUUUAAAUGUUUUAAAAAUUUUAUCACUGUUAAGAUGUUAAUCAUUCAGUAUCAUUAAUGGAACAGAAAUUCAUACUUUUGUAUGGUCAGAAAAUCAAAUUGAUACUGCAUUUAUAACAAUGUCAAGAAAUGUUCAUUUUGAGCAAUUUCGUAGAUGAUGGGUGUUUUUUUCAAUCGCCAUAUUUGAUUAGUCGUUGGAAAUUGGCACCAGUGGUAUCUGUUCACCUGUACAUGUAACAACUAACAGUGAGACACGUGCCGUUCCGAACUGUGAGGGUACCCAAGAAAAAGAAAACAGGAACACUUUGAAAAUUUUAAAAACUGUUUUUUUGUCUGCCAAGGACUCAGGAAAAUUAAAGCAUUUUCUAUUUUAGAAUAAAUCAUGAAUGAAAUCUGUAA